AAACAAUCAACGGCUCGUUUUGCGGCAUUCUUAUUGGCGUCGCUUGAAUCAACGAACGUACGUGAACGAGAUAGUUGUAUGCGCGUAACUACGGUGCACACGACGGGGAACGGGCAUAUGGUUUUAUCGAUCUGCCCGAUAUUCGAACAAAUUCGAACCGUGGCGAAAAUUAAGGUCACGCCAUGCGUAGCACGGCGAUAAACGUUCUCGUUCGACGAUGCAACGACACCGUUCGGCAACCGGGGAGGAUCGCGGGUUUAUCUCGUCGUUGCUACGCGUCCAACGCAAAGCCGGAGCUAACGUCGAUACGGUACAAAGUACGUCGCGGCCCUUACGCCUCCAUCUCGACCGCCGACGUUCGCUUCUUCGACGGCCUGCUCGACUCUAAUCGAAUCAUCACGGAUCCGGAGGAAUGUGAGAGUUACAACAUCGACUUCCCCAAGACCGUGAGAGGUAGCAGUCAGUUAGUACUGAAACCGAAAACUACCGAGGAGGUGUCGGCCAUAUUAAAAUAUUGCAAUGAGAAGCGAUUAGCGGUCUGCCCACAAAGCGGUAACACCGGUCUCGUGGGAGGCAGCACACCUGUAUUCGAUGAAAUCGUCAUCUCUAUGAAGCUCAUGAAUAAAAUCCUGGAAACAAAUCACUUGGCAGGUUUAGUGACAUGCGAGGCUGGCUGCGUUUUACAGGACCUGGAGGAGCAUUUGGCCACGGUCGGGCUGAUGAUGCCCUUGGAUCUUGGAGCUAAAGGCAGCUGUUUGAUCGGCGGUUGCGUCUCCACUAAUGCGGGUGGCCUGCGACUUCUGCGUUACGGCAACCUUCAUGGGAAUGUUCUAGGUGUCGAAGCCGUGAAGGCUAAUGGCGAUGUUGUUGACGCGAUGAACAACCUGAAGAAGAACAACACCGGGUACCACGUGAAACACUUGUUUAUCGGUUCGGAAGGAACACUAGGAAUUGUCACAAAAGUUGCCAUACAAUGUCCGCCAUUGCCCAAGGCCGUAAACGUUGCGUUCUUGGGACUCACGAGUUUCGAUAAAGUGUUGGAAAUCUAUCACCUGGCGAGAAAAGAAUUAGGCGAGAUCCUGUCUUCCUGCGAGAUGAUGGAUCGAAUAUCUUUGGACGUCCCUAUUAGUAACUUGGGCAUGAAAAAUCCAUUGACGAGUGAAAAAGGUCACGACUUCUACAUGAUCAUAGAGACUUCUGGCAGUCAUUUGGCGCACGAUGAGGAGAAACUCUCUUUGUUCGUGGAGAAGGCGAUGGACCAGGGCAUUAUCGAAGAUGGAACUUUGACUAACGAAACGACGAAGGUUCAAUACAUAUGGAGCUUGAGAGAGAGGAUCAGUGAAGGCGUCCUGCAUGACGGCUAUGUCUUCAAGUACGAUAUCUCCCUUCCUUUUUCAUCUUAUUACGAGGUCGUUGAGGUGCUGCGGAAACGAUUGCGCGAUCCUCGAAUUAUCCGGAUUAGCGGUUACGGUCAUAUAGGCGACAGCAAUAUUCACGUGCAAGUCUCCAUACCCGAAUAUUACGAGGACGUGGCCGCGCAACUGGAGCCGUUCAUCUUCGAGUACAUCUCCGGGCACAAAGGCAGCGUCAGCGCCGAGCACGGCAUCGGCUUCAAGAAGUCCAAGUACCUUCACUUGAGCAGAAAUCCCUCCGAGAUCGAGAUGAUGCACGAUCUGAAGAAACUGAUGGACCCAAACGGCAUCCUGAACCCGUACAAAGUUCUACAGCCGAUCACAGCGACAGCUUAGUUAUCUAAAGAUGCUGUAGAUGUAAGAUAAUAGAUUUUUAUGUAACGUGAUACACGCAUAUGAUAAAAAUUCCGCUACAGCGUGGAUUGUGGACUAUUAAUACAAUCAUAUUUGGCGUUGUAUGCGCUGAUGUCAUACGCGAUAUUUGGUAAGGUUGAUUGUUUUUGGCUAUUCUCCACUUGCCAAUAAAAACAAGUGAGGCGUAACUAAUACUCUGUUCAAAAUAGAUUUGCUACAUAAAUGGCAGCAAUUGCGAGAACAGUACAGUAUGUAUUUUUAUGCGAAGUUAUAGAUACGCUUAAUAUUGGAUAUUCUUGUUUUAUUUAAUUUGAUAUUAUUCGGUACAUAUUGUUAAAAAUGCAUGAUAUAUCUAUGUAUCUAACAUGGAAAAUUAAGUUUGAACUACGGAACUACAUACGUGGCAAGUGACACGAUACUUAAAUUUAUAUAAAGAUAAUAAAAAAAAAUCGCAUUUAUAAAUAAGAAUAAUACAUAUACUAAAUUACCGACGAUUUUUCGAUUAAUGACGCAUUGUUUUUUUCUUUUAAUUUUGUUUUUCAUCGGCACAAGUUAUGUCCUGAUGCUUUAUAGAUACAAUUCCGACCUUUCGCGAGUGUUCUCCGCACUUCAUAGCGUAUCGAAUUACACGUAAAAUCUUGUCCCAAAAUUCGCGUCAUUAAUUAUGUAAAUCGUUCGAAAUAGAUCCCGAUUUGCGCGAACGUUGUCGUUUACUCGAGAGUCGCUUACCAGAAGGAUCGUCGCGCAACGUCGAACAGGCGAGAACGAUCUCUCCACGG